CGGGAUGUGAGACGCAGCGAGAGCCUCGAGAGACGCGUUACAGUUACCUGCUGAAGAAGACAAAAUGGCGCUGAGAACUAUGGCCUUCGUGUUGCUGGCUCUCAUGGCCGCCGUCGCCGUGGCCACGCCGCUGGCCGGACACAAGCACUACGGCAGCUACGGCUACAGAGGCUACGGCCAUGGCUUUUCCAGGGGCCACUUCGGACACGGCUUCAGUCGCGGUUUUGGCCACGGCUUCGGUCAUGGAGGAUUCGGACACGGAGGAUUCGGACAUGGAGGAUUCGGACACGGAGGAUUCGGAGGAUUCGGACACGGGUUCGGAUAUGGAUGGCGCUGAGUGGAAGUUACCGACGAACAUGUAUCAAUAAGAUCUGUCUGCAUUUUUCUUUGUUUCGUGAAGUCAGUCCGACUCCACCUUCGUCCUUAUUUCUCCUAGUCUUAAAUGAAGCAAAAGUUCUUAAAUUCUCACCACGGAAACAAGACCUGCGAACGCUUCUAAGACCCAGGUGUCCAGAAAUGAACACCUCGGCUCUACCAUACUAGUUUAAGGGUUUUACUAAUUGUAAGAUAUAGUGGAAUAUAAUGAACACUUUCCCACUUUUUUUUUUUUUUUUUUUGCAGCCAUCCAGCUUUUUGUUUACAUUGUGAUUAACAUAAUUUAGCUUGUUAAUCCUAUUGCUUCUGUGUCUACGGUGUCAUAAAGUUAGGUAAUGUAGAAAUAUUUUUAGAUGUGUGUGUGUGUGUGUAUGUGUGUGUGAAUGUGUGCGUGUGUGUGGGUGUAUGACUACUUUCUAUCCAUGAAUGUUUAUGCUUAUGGCACCGACCCCACUCUAUAUACCUGGAUGUUUUAUAAACAGAAAGCUGCAAAUGUACAACAUAUUUGCAGUAUAAAACAACAUAUUUGUAAAUAACCUGAAAAUAUACAAAAUAAAGCUUUACGAAUUUUCAUUUCAA